AUGACGCUCGAGGGGGGGAGACGCGGUCGAUGCCGUCGCGCGUGGAGUUUACUGGUGAUGGUGUUGAUCGCGUCCGCGCGCACGCUGCUCGCGAGCGCGUUUGAGAUCCCGGAGGUGGAGUGGAUGAGGCCGAACGUCGGGCACGUGGGGGGAGGCGAAGUCGUCACGCUCUCGGGACGAACGUUGGCGAGCGUGCGAAACUUACCCGGGGUGGAGCUGACGUGUAAGUUUGAUACUGAAUUUGUUCGCGCGUACUACGUGGACGAUGAAACGGUGAAGUGCACGGCGCCGGCACACACGGAGGGGUUCGUUAACGUGGAGUUCGCGCUCAACAACGAAACUGGGGACUUUCUGAGGACCAAGGGGUAUCAGUUCGUGGGAGGUGCGAAAGUGGACGCGUUAACCUCGAUCUAUGGUAUCUCUGGAGGGGUCGUGGACGUCAUGGGUGCCGAUAUGCACGUUUCUCAGUAUUGUCGGUUUGGUGACCGCACGACGACUGGAUACAUUGUUUCCUCCGGGUUGAUGCGUUGCGAAUCGCCCUCAAUCGAUAUCGGCACCGUAUCAGUUGACGUUUCUCUGACGGAAUCCAGCUUCUUUGAGGCGUAUAGUAGCGUGCAGCACGUUUACAUCGGCGAACCGUCCGUUAGUCGCGUGAGUCCUUCCUUCGGGACGAGCUCUGGCGGUACGACCGUCACAGUGACUGGACAAAACUUUGCACCAACAAGUUUGUUACGAUGUCGGUUCGGCGCAGUCGAGGUGACAGCCGUUUGGCAAAUGCUCUCUACCUUGGAAUGUACGACACCGGCGACGGUUACGGAGGCAAAGUCGUUCGGGGUGUCGAUGAAUCAACGGGAUUUCACAACCUUCACAAAGAGUUUCACUUUUGGCCCGAGUCUCACCGUAGACGCAAUCUCACCAUCACAAGUGUCCACGGCUGGCUCUUCGCACGUGUCUAUAACGGUUCCAGGCGUCGUAUCGACUCCAGAGCUUACGUGUAGAUUCGGAUCACGCUCAGUCCCGGCUGUUCGUAGCGGCGAGAAUAUCGUGAGCUGCGUUGCCCCAGCCAUGGUCGGUUUUGUGACAGUUGCCGUGGCGGCAAAUGGUGAAGAUUUUAUGUAUUCUACCGCUAUCUGGGAUCGUAUGCAGCUCGAAAUGAAAGAAAUCAUAGAAAUUACUAGAAUCGCGCCCAGGUAUGGCGCUGUAGGGGGUGGGACUUUGGUUUACGUAGAGGGGCAGCAUUUGCUGCAGGACAAUCCAGUCUGCCGUUUUGGUACAAUAAACGCGGCUGCGAAGUUAGUGUCAUCAGCGCUGAUGAUUUGUGAAACGUCAGCUAUGCUCGAAGGCGCUUACACUCUGGACGUAUCGGUUGUAGCAACCUCGCCAGAGGUUAACAUGAAGCCCCAGUUUUUGUUUGACCACCCACCAGUGGUCACGGCUUUGUCUCCUUUCAUGGGUUUGAUCGAGGGCGGGACCACUGUUACGGCCGCGGGACACUCAUUCAGUGAUACGCAUGAUUUAGCGUGUUAUUUCGGAUCCAUUGGUCCGGUUGUGGGCGAGUGGGUUGCCGAAGAUGAGUACAGAUGUGUGUCCCCAGCACACGAGAAGGGACUCGUGAAUUUUGAUGUUGGCAUGUUGAACGAGUUCGGUGCCAUGUUUGCCGAUGGUCCGCCGAUCACUUUCCUAUACGCGGAUGAUGCCAGCGUAACAACGAUCAUCGAUAAUCAAGAUGACACGGCCACGAUAACUGGUGAUGGAUUCGUUCCAGGUCAGGAUGUGUAUUGCAAUCUCGGCAACGGUGAUGCCCUCGUUCCAGGGGUUGUCCUUAGCGAUGGUUCUGUGCUCUGUGGUUUGCCUGAAGACAACAACGGCGUGGAUGAAUACGAUAUUACCAUCGUGGAUAGCAAGGGAAACAAUAUCGUAUCGACUACAGAUGCAAACAACAUACUGACGAGGAAGGUACAACUGAAUCACCUGAGUCCCAUGUUUGGCCCUGCUAUCGGAGGGCUCAUCGUCACCGUCAACGGAGAUCAUUUUUCACCAACUUCGUUGUGUCGGUUUGGUACCCUAGCUCCAUUUCCCGCAGUAUUUAUUUCGACCUCUCAAGUUGUGUGUGAGGCGCCUAGUAUGGAGGUUGGAUUUCAUGAUCUAGCGAUUUCAAACAAUGCCUUUGACUGGAGCAUUCCGGGAUUACCGUUCGAGUUUAUAAACACUUCGUCAUCUGUUCUGACCGCAGUGUCUCCCUCGAGUGGGACCACUCAGGGGGGCACGAUCCUUGCUUUUAGUGCUCAAGAUUUACGCACGGAUAUUGUAAUUUCGUUCCGGAUCGGCACCAUACUGAACGUUGCUGGUAGGUGGCUGGCAAAGAAUCGUGCGACAUGCAUCUCCCCGGCACACAUCACUAGUGUCGUCCCAGUGGAAGUGUUUCAUCACGAUACUGGAUCUGCAAUCAAGCUGAUGAACUCGGCGAUCACUUACGAGUAUAAAGAAGCCUUGUCAUCGCAGCAGUCAUCUCAGAACGCCUUUGUGGCCACACCAGAAUCAGGAUUUUUCAGUGGUGGUGUUGCGGUGACGCUUCAUGACAGUGGCUUUUACGGAAAUGAUCGCACGUGCAAGUUUGGAUACACGGGAUCAAACGCUGUCAAAGUUUCUAAUACGACCGUUUGCAACGCGCCUGCAUCAAAGUCCGGAUUCACAGUGAUUGAAGUGUCCAUGAAUUCACAUGACUUCAUCACUUACGGAGUGGACUUUCAGUACGUGACAAAACCAAGACUCACAAGCCUGGCUCCUCAUACCGCACCAACGAUAGGCGGUAGUUUAGUGUACGUGCAUGGAUCAAAUAUGAUGUGGGGGGGUUCAAAUUAUAGCGUGUCUUGCGUCUUUUCCGUAGGCGCAAGCCGGAGAACGUCUGAAGUUCAUUUGGUUUCUUCAGCCGUUGUCAUAUGCACCACACCAACUGGUGAGGGUGAUGUUGAUGUUCAGCUCCUUUACAAUGAUGCAGAGCGGUCGACGAGUGUGGACCUUCGUUAUGAAGCAUUGCCCGAGGUCGAGACCGACCACCCAAUUGCACGAGGUGUGGAAUUUGGCGGAAGUGCAAUUGAAAUUUUUGGUGACUUCUCCACAGACUUGGGCGUCAUGUUCUGUCGAGUUGGUACCAUCUCUGGCAUCACGCUCACACAUGGAUCUUCUGAAAGAGUCGUGUGUGUGCUACCGGCUCAUUCUCCUGGGUUCGUCAACGUGACAGUCACUAUGAACAAUCGCGAUAGCGCAUUCAAUUCGCUUUCUUACGAGUAUUUCGCGAGUAUUUUGGAAGUUACCGAUUCACAGCGCGCAUCAGUGUGGUUAGACGGUGGAUCUUUGCUUGAAAUUCCCUUGAAUUCGUCCGGCAUUCGUCCGGCAUUUUCUAUCGAGAUAUUGUCAAUCGCUUGUGUAUUCAAUCUUGACCCUGUCCUUGCUAGCGUGGGAUCAGAUGGUCGAGUUCAGUGCCUUGCACCGGCUCACAGCUCCGGUUUCGUCGCCGUGGGCGUGCAUGUUCAGGACGUGAGCGUAUCUGGAUCAUUCUCCAUGCAAGUGAUGUAUGAAACGACCGCUCAAGUUAGGGCGAUACAUCCUCAUGAUGGCACAAAAGGCGGCGGUGAAAUUGUCAAGUUGACCGGCGAACACUUCAGCGAGCCAAUGCAGGACAAGUUCAUUUUCGGUACUGCGGAGUUAUCGACAGGAAAGUUUAUUUCCAGUGCUCUAUGCUUUGUUGAGCAACCGCAAAGCAGUGCCGAAUCGGUUGUGCUCAGUUUCCUCUCGCCUGGAUCGUCGAGUCUGAACGAUGACGAAUUCAAGUCAACUGGUUUGGUCUUUAACUUCUUUGAGGAAGAUGACGCCCCACUGCAUGUGUUGCCUGUCGAAGGCAAUGAGGAGGGAGGCGGUAUCGUGACGGUUUACUACGCCAUCGAGCGGUACCAACAAUCGUUCGAUUACACCGCCUGCAAAUUCGGUACCAUCGGUCCAGUGCUUGGACAGUUGACUGGCACUGGACUGGAAUGCCAUGUUCCGUCGCACAAACUUGGCGAAGUUGAGAUGUUUGCUAGGCUCUUUGGUGAGAUGUUCACUCGGACCGUCCACAAAUUCACGUAUCGCGAGACAAUUGAAGUGGUGUCUUCAGCGGUUUAUCCAUCAUUCGGGGCGAUGAGUGGUGGAUCCUCGAUUCGAAUCCUUCACGAAAAUAGUACAGGUGUGAGCGUGAAGUGCCACGUCGCUGGAUUAUUCGUUGACUCAACACUCGUGCUGCCUACGCCGAGCCCUUACGUUUACGUCUCGGAAUGUAUCAUGCCUCCAUACACUCCUGGAUUCGCUCAAGUAACUCUGGGCGCGGCUCCUGGUAAAGACGCCGAUGACGCUCUAUUCUUGUUCCAACCCGAACCUUACUUAACGGUCUCUUACCCGACUUUGAUUAGCAACACGGGCGGCGAAUUAGUGACGGUAAGUGGUGAAAAUUUCUUGCACAAUUUCGAUCCUGCGACGGGAUCUGAAUCGGUAUUAUGUUACUUUGGUGAUCAAAGCAUGGUCGCGCAAGUGCAUUCGACGGCCUUCAUUUCAUGUGAAUCGCCGUUCUUCUCUGAGAAUGAAGGUGAUGUCGAUCUUCACGUUGAUAAUGGCGGGAGUGCAGGCUAUGAUGAAAUGAUGUCGAUGCCCAUUCGUUACUUGCCAGUUCCUACGUUCGUGGAUUUUCGGGAAGAGUUCGUACCCUCUUCGGGUGGAGUCGUUGUGCAAGCCAACGUCGUGGCGUCUACAUCGACACUUGAACAAACGCUGGAUACCGCAUCCGUGCGAGUUGGUUCUAUAGGCCCUUUGCUCGGUAGAAACGCUGGCACGAGAAUUGAGUUUGUCGCCCCGGCGCACUCCCUGACAGACUCUAUUCGAGUAUGGCUUGCCUCGCAUUUAUCAUCGCCACACUUCACACACUUCACUCUGGUUUAUGCAGAAGAAGAUUUCGAAAUCAUGGAUGCCGUUCCUGAUAGAGAUUCAUCUCAGGGCGGUGCGCGCGUCACACUUGGGGUUUUGGCGCAUGAAGACAGUUAUCCGUCAAGAGGUUGUAUGUUUGGAUACACUUCCGUACCAGUCGUUCAAGGUGAGUCGAACAACGAGAUAUCGCGUUGCACAGGAGGAAAUCGUUUCGCAUGCGUUACGUAUGAGCUCACGUGCAUCGUACCGUCGCAUUCCAUCGGUUUCGUUGAAUUACGAACGAUCGGGUUCGAAGGGGCAGGUGUUUCCUUUGAAAUGUUUGUCUCACCCAGCAUAACUGGCUCCAUUCCCUCUGUCGGUGUUGACAAAGGUUCCUCUGUAGUGCACGUUUCCGGGAAAAAUUUGCACAACUCUGAUUACUGUCACUUCGGCGUGGACAAAAGUGAUGCAAUCCCGAUCUCAUCUGCUUUGGGUGUGUGUACAUCACCAACGUACACCUCGCUUGAGCCGGGGACUUCAACGCUCGUGUCGCUUGGAGUCAGUCCGCGUGAUAACCCUGACGCGAUUUCGCAGAUGGAUGCCGCGUUUCAGUACGUUGACGACUAUUUCAUGGUACCACAUCCUGAACAGUAUCUUUCGCCCAACGGAGGUGCUCGCCUCACAGUCGAUUUGGUCAACUUGAACGUGGCCCGGAACACUCCUGCUGCCGCCGAGAUAUUCUGCCGCUUCGGCACCAUCGGCCCCAUACUUGCACUGGAACAGGGUGAAGACGGGCUUCAUGUCACGUGCGUAUCUCCUGCAGCAGUUGAAGCCACAACGAUUUCCGUUUGGCUUACUCACAACUCUCAAGACAAUAUGUUCGUGAGUGACUUUGUACACGUCACAUCAUUCCCGUUUGACAUGCGAGCUGUGCUUCCUAUGAGGGGGAUUUCAACAGGGGAUCAGGAUGUGCGGUUUGUCUCUGACCCGCCGUACGUUACCAACCCAGCAGACGUGCGCUAUGGGUGCAAGAUAAACGCGACCAUGUUCAUGGAAGGUUCUCUUGCAAAUGUAUACACAGGCCUCUGUCGAAUCCCAUUCACUGACGUUGGUUUCUCCGUCAUAACGUGGAUGGUUGCAACAGAUACUUCUGCGCACGCUGAGUUUGAAAUUUUUAAGCAACCAAAGAUCGCCAGUAUGCAUCCGAUGCAAGGUCCAACGAAUGGUACAACGCUGGUACACGUGAGCGGAGAUAAUCUUCACGAGAUCGGCUAUUGCUACUUUGGCACUCGUAAGUCGGAUGCGCACAUCGUCUCAACAUCUGUUGGUGUCUGCGUCUCACCCCCGCAGUUGAAUGCGGAGGUUGAGGGCGCGGGUAUGGGUCUUCGGGACGACAGCACCAUGAUUUCCCAUUACGGUACACCGUUCUCGUACGUCGAAAACUUGGCUCUUAAGAGCCUAUCUCCGGAAUCAGGCUCUGAAAACGGUGGAACAACACUUUCCAUCUCAGUGAGUGGCUUGCAGGACAGCGUGCGUUACAGUUGCAAAAUCGGGACCAUCUUCCCGAUUACGGCGUAUGUGACGCAAAGCAACGUUGUGACGUGCAUCACACCAGCCUACAAUAUGACUCUGGGUCCCCCAGAGGUGAGCAUUUCUCCGAACAACCGCGAUAUAGUAUCAGCGUCGCCGCCGCUGAUGUACUAUUUUCGAGUUCCGCCGACGAUUUCGGGCAUCGUUCCCAAAGUUGGUUUGAGCGGCAGUCGAAGUCCAAUUUUCAUCACAGGAUCGAAUUUUGUCAACUCUUCCACCAUGGUGUGUCGCUUCGGUCGAGAGCUCACGGCUGCGACGUACUUAUCUUCGCGAUCAGUGCUAUGCGUAGCGGGCUUGGAGCAGACCGGUACUCGCACCGUGUUUGUUGAAGUUUCUGUGAAUGGUGUCGACUUUUCGGACAGUAGAUUGUUGUUCCAUUUCGCACAGUGUCCUACUGGAUCAUACUGCCCCGGGAAUGAACCCGUUUUAUGUCCACGGGGUGCGUUUUGCGAUGGUGGAAAGAAUUUCACACUGUGUUCGCCUGGGAGCUUUCAACCGAGAACGGGUCAGUCCAACUGUCUCCCGACACCAAUUGGAUUCAUUUCUCCUGACGCGGGCGCGUUUAUACCAGUUGUGUGUCCAAAGGGUUACGUGUGCGAUACAACAGGCCUUGCGAUUCCAAACAAGCUUUGCCCUCCUGGUCACUAUUGCUUAGAGGGCACGAGAACGAGUGACUUUACCAACUUCGCCGUCGCCGAACGACCUUUACCAUGUCCAUUUGGGAUGUACUGCACCGCUGGCGUCGUCUCAAGUGCAAGUAUUGUGCACAAUUUCAGCACUCCACAGCAAUGUUACGCGGGCUACGUAUGCGAGCCUGGUUCUAUGACGCCGCAAGGAACUGGUCCGUGUCCGCCCGGUCAUUACUGUCCUCCCGGGCAGCAACUUCGAUGCCCAAAUAAGGGGGUGUAUUGUCCCGGAGUUGCCAACACAGAGCCAAAACCAUGUCUCCCUGGGGAAUACAACUCCGAGUACGGUCAACAGACGUGCAAAAAGUGUCCGAAGGGAACCAUUUGUCCAGGUUUCGCCCGUGAACUGCCAGAAGUCUGUACGCCUGGCUUUGUGUGUGAUACUGAGGGUUUAGCCGUCGCCGGCACGCGCUGCCCUGCGGGUCACUACUGUCUGGAAAACACAGUAACUCGUGAUCCACUGGCAGUUGUUGACGAAGAAAGUAUUUUGACCGCAUCCCCGAUUCCGUUGAAUAAGGAGAACUUUCGACCAAAGCCCUGUCCUCCAACAACGUUCUGUACAGAAGGAGUGACAACAGACGUAGUGCUGGAAGGUUCGUUUAAACAACCACAACCAUGCAAGGAAGGGAGCUUCUGCGAAUGGGCCACAGGUGAUUCUACAAUUGUCUCUGACUCAGCACAGGACGUCUACAAUCCGAUGAGACCGUGUCCUGCUGGCCAUUACUGUCCAAAACGGACGUAUAUUCCAAUACCCUCUCCACGAGGUUCUUAUACCUUUGGUGAGGGAAACACAGCGGCGGUCACGUGUCUUCCUGGUACGUACACUCCAUACGAAGGCUUUCAGGAGUGUCUCAAAUGUCCUGCCGGUUAUGAGUGUGUCGACGAAGGAACUUUCAAGCCGACUGCCUGUCAACCCGGUUACUUCCGUUCGGCUCGAGAUCCGAUCGCCUGUCGCCAGUGUCCGAAAGGGACUUGGUCAUCCGCAAUCGCUCUAACUGAAGGUUCCAUGUGCAUUCCAUGCAAUCCCGGACUUGUGUGUGCGAUUGACGGUAUGAGCAACAACAAACCCCGAGGUUCAGGAACGCUGGCAACAAACGUAUAUUCUGCUUUCUGCGACGCCGAUAGUGAGUCGUAUGAUGCCAACAGGUGCAUUCUAACGCAGCUUGAUCCGGAUGGCCAGGCAGAGUUGUGUCCAGAAGGCUACGUGUGCGAUGCGCGUACGUCGAUCGCUGAGCACAAAUGUCCCGACGGCUACUACUGUGGAUACGGCACGACCCCCGAAACUCAAUUCAACAACCUUUGUCCUGCUGGUUAUUACUGUCCUGCGGGGUCUGCUUAUACAACGCGACAGCAGUUCCCAUGCCAAGCGUGCUUCUUUUGCAACGAAGGUACUGGGCAGGUCCUUGAACGUUGUCCAAAUGGAACUCAAUCGUCCCCACUGGCAAAAAGUAAGGAGCAGUGCUCUGCCGAUCUGAUCACCUUUUGGAGAAUUAAUCCUAUUAGCUUUGACUUGAUCGAGAACAUCUUUGAGCUAGUCUUGAACACCACCACCACAGUAGGCACCGAAGAGCAGGACGCAAACAAAGUGGCACAAACAGUGUUCGAAGAUCAGCGUCGGAAGCUUCUAGAAUCAGCUUCUGCACCGGCGCCUGAUCCAAACGUUGAUCCGAACGCAACGGACCCGUUCAAUUAUAUGGGGAUGGGAGGCUGCCAGAAUAAAAACUGGCAUCUCUUACAACCUCAGUUCAUCAAGGCGGACAACAAUAUCAACGUCACGGUGGAUGAAGAGAACAUCCCUCUAACAAUGUUCACACUUCCCAGAGGGCACACGGCAAAAAUUAAAUUUGAUUGGCGUAGUAUCGAUCCAGACCUCGUGUAUGGCGAUCACUUCGAGCUAUUGAUCUUCACUGAUCCAGCCGUCCGUACGACAAAAUGUGCUGAAUCAGAGUUCAAGACUGUGCCUUGUCCACCAUGGGAUGUCGGUGACGGCAUUUCCUGGUUGGACAUGAGAGAGAUCCCAGGUGCAGAACAGGAACAGAAGUGUCCACCAUCGCAAGAGUCACUCGAGUUACCGUUCUGGUUCAACAGGAAUAACGACGGAUCUACAACUGGAUAUAACGUUGAUAAUCCGUCGUGGGGAACUUAUGUUUGGAAGACUGGCAUGCACGAGCUAUCGCUCCACGCUAACGAUGAUUUCCCGUUCAGAAUUGAGGUGCGCAUGCUACACGGGCUGUAUCAGGCUGAGAACCGAGCAAGCUUCUUGAACACGUUCUGCAUUGACGUUGAAUACCCUAAGCGUGGCGAUAUAGAGAAUCCCACGUUCGCGUUUCAUGCGAUAUUACCGGCUGAGAUUGACGAAGAGUUCCAAUCUCCACUGAACUCCCCAUUAUCAUCUUCACUCCUGCGUUCUGUCUCGAAUGAUUACUUCAAUUGUGCCAAUAUCAAUCAAGAUUUGGGUUGCAGACGUUCGGAUUCACGUGUCACGCUCGACUACAAUAGCACUUAUGGUGCUGAGUGGAAAAAGUUUAAGUAUUUGAGAUGCGGAGAUACACCUGGGACCUGUUCCAAUGCGACAGUGCUCGGCGCAGAUGUUUCGCCGAGUCAGAACCAUGUGAAUCUCACCAUCAACCACAUAGAGGAUUGGGUGAUCACGGCCGAGGAUGGCCAGACAGACGAAACAGUCGAAGUAUCGCUUCCCGAUGUGUAUGAACAAGAGAAGUACCUACUCAAUGAGGGGUUGUGGACAUCAGGCGCGGCGCUUUUUGCGGUUGACUACUUGCCGUUCUUCUCUGCGUGUCGAGGAUUCGAUAGUCAUAUUUACUUGGCCCAUGUCACUGAGACGGCGUGGACGCCGCUUCAAUUUGACGAUGAACGCGAAUUCGUCAAAUACGGCGAAGCAAGCUUCGUUGAUGAGUUAGAAACCAUCCCCAUCGAUCCGUACUCGCCGCAAGUCCAAACACCAGUCGCCGAUGAAGUGAGUAUCACCGCCCAAUGUUUCUACGAGGAAGCCUUUACGGAGCCAUCGGCGAAGAAACGUUGGUACGAGGGUGACGGUGAUGUACUCUUCUACUUGACGGCUUCAGCCGAAAGUCAAGAAGCUCUGUUCGCAGCGAGCAUCAUUGCUAAUGAUCAAACAGAGCCACCUGCGUCAACAGCGCAGUAUGAAGCGGACAUCAACAACCAGCUCAACAUUCCCGUCUCGUUCGAACCGGCUGAAGGAGUGGUUCUGGCUGCAGGAUUGAUCCCUACCGUGAUCGAUUUCGAUAUCUUCUAUUUCCAGGUCAGUAAGAAAAAGAAGCGCAUCGUCACUGCUGUGGUCACCAUGGAUGAGUACGUGACAGCGAAAACACAUGACGGCACAUACACACUCAAUAUCAACUUCGCCGCUAUGACUUGGUUCGAUUUGGUGAACGCAUUUGCGUUCGACUUCUUCUUCUACUUCAUCCUAUUCCUCGCGAUUGGUGCGUUGGCGGUUGUUUUCGUGUUCGCUGUGCUCGUAGUAGUUCGUAUGUUCACACUGCUGAAGGAUCCGCCCAAAUUCCGUUUCCUACCGUACCUCCGAAUCGUCAUCGGUCCUCCGCUGAUGGGAGUAUCGCUUGGAAUGGCUCCUUUCAUAGCGGCUCAGUUCAUUUUCCAAUCAGCGUUCUCUAUGUUCCCUCUCCUGGUUGAGUUCCCGAUCAAUAUCGAUGAUUUCGGCCGAGAAGGUGAUCCGGCAUUGCUCGCACAGAUUCCGAAGGCCACGACGGGCCGCUACGGGGUAUGUUUUCUCACGGCCAGUAUGUAUAUAAUGGGUUGCUGUGCAGAAAUCAUGAUUCCCGGUGAAAUCAAGGAUGAAGAACAAAAGGAGUUGGAGGAUGAGCGAUACGUCGACGAGGUGAUGUUCAAACCAGAGGUCUGGAAAAGAAGCCACUUUGUGUUGCUCAACUUGCUUGUCAAUGUCACCAACGUUCUCAUCAUUGAGUUCUCAUUUACGGAUACAUUCGGAGCACAGUUCUUCACGAUUUUCUUCCUGCUCAAAAUUUUCCACAUCAUUCUUGAAAUGCAGGUGGAAACUGCCUUGGGUGAAGCCUUCUUGCUCGCCCCAGUGUCGCUCGUACUCGGUUCAUCAGUCGGUUUGGCUACAAUCGGCGCUGAUGACUUUACUGAUUUCACGCUCGGUUUCUUUUUCGAGAUGAUCAUGGGCAUGGUCGAAUACGUGUAUUUAGACGCUUUCAUUGCAUGGUGCGCGCUUGUCUUACCGAACAAAAUCAACAAAAUGGUAGACUUUGUCCUGGAGCUCCUCCCAUUCUCAUUUGGCGACGAUGACAUUGAGGAGGAGCCAGAAGUGGAUAUAGAGGACACGUUGGUUGAAGAUUUGAUGGGUUUCCUGGCGUCAUACGGCGGAAACGCCGCGGCCUUGUGGAUGACGCCUCCUUUCAUCUUUUUCUUCUGGCAAUACAAUGAUUCGCUGAGGUUGUCUCAUCAGUAUGGCUUCAAGAAGAAUGAUCUUUUGAUCUAUUUCUUGUUUUCUGUUGUCAUCAUCCCGUUCCAGAUCAUCAUGGACGUCUUCACGUUUAAUAUUCAGGAACUUUUCCACGGUUGGAAGGUCUAUGAGUACUUGAAGUAUGCUCGAUACCGUUUCGUCAAUCGCACCGCGAGAUGGAAAGGGCUCGAACAAGUAUACGAUGAAUCGAUCGAUCCAGGUCUUCGUGCCAUUGACCAGAUGUGCUUCUCAAGUCAGUUUUAUUUCGUGCUCGCUCUCGGAGGAUCGGGAUCUUUCCUCUUCGUGCUCGCCAUUUCUAUGAUGCUGAGAUUUUCAUAUAACAUGUUCGAAGACAUUCUCUUCCUCCCUCUGGUCAUCAUGGUGCUUGCGGGUUCGUACAUUCUCAAGCGUAUUUCUCUCAUUCUCGCAGACCGUGUUGGGCUUUGGACAAUCACAUCUUCUAUCACCUCGGGCGAGAUGAUCAUCGAAGACGACCUUGAGGAAGACUUCGGCGCCAUCUUCGCACCGAAGAGCAUAGCGGAUAAGAUGAAAGCUGUUCACGCUGCCGAGGGAGGUCAAGGAGACUCUGUGGCGAUAACCACGGCGGAACUCACGAGUGACUACUUCCGUCACUUGUUCAUGUCAAAGAAUAGAGAUUGGGUGAUCGAUCAGCUGCAAGAAAUCCUUUCUCCACGCACCGCACAGCGCUUGAAACUCGGUAAAGCGGUGCGUCGUAGACAGAGGGCAGGAGAAAUUUCUGAUUCGGAUGAUGACAUGGAAGAUAAUUUCGGCGAAGUGCACCUCUCUGAGCCCGCCGCAAAAGCAAUGCGUGCAUGGGUCGCGCACGCCGCCGCUCGAGCAGCUGGACGCGGAUCCCACCUCGGUAUGCUCUCUGACACGUCUGAAAGCGAGGCAGAGGCUGCUUUACAGCGAUUCCCGCCGAUUCCCGCCCUCUCUGAGGGUGCCUCAGCAGCGAUGACCGGCUGGCUUGCAGCCGUCAAGCAACUUCGAGCAAGCAGGCAGCCUUCGCCCAGGAGCGCUGCUUUUUCGUCAACUGAUUUCUCAUCUGAAAGUGAGACCGAAGCAGAUGCCAGAUUCUCCUCCGUGAAGAAUCUUAGCGAGACUUCAAAGGGGGCAAUGAAGAGCUGGCUGAUGAACGCUAGAGAAGCGCGUGCUCAGCUACCACCCGCACCUCAGGAAAUCACCUCAGAUGAUUCCAGCGAAUCGUCUUCGCUCUUAUCAAGUGAUUCUACCCCAACUGCAGUGCGCACGACUUUGUCUUCAACCGCCACCACAGUGAUGGGUGGCUGGCUACAAAGUGCGCGAGCGGCAAGAAUGGCUGCACCAGCGAGAGCUCCUCCCACCUCAAGUCAAAGAGCGCAGACCACAUCAUCCGAUUCUGACAGCUCUAUUCUCGACUCGAGCGACCCAGAGCUACCAUUCGACGCCACGCGAGCGGCUCGGCCGACAGCGGCUUCUCAAGGAGCAAUGCACGGUUGGCUUUCGUCGGUACGAAGCGUGUUGACGGGCAAUACUUCAACACGGAACGAAACUGAUGACAUCGUCUCCGACGAAACAUAA